GCUACGAAGCCCAUCUGCAGGGGAUCUGAGAGCGAGACUAUGAAGCUCAAGAGCCUCCUGCUCCGGUAUUACCCGCCAGGAAUUAUGUUGGAAUAUGAAAAAAGUGGAGAAUUAAAGACCAAAUCCAUAGAUUUACUUGAUCUUGCUCCCAGUACUGAUGUCACUGCUUUGGUAGAAGAGAUUCAGAAAGCAGAACCUCUAAUCACGACUUCACGUGCAGAGCAAGUCAAACUUCUCAUAGAGAGAUUACAGGAGAAACUCGGACAGCACAGCGACCACCAGUUCUAUCUUUUUAAGGUUCUCAGAGCACAUGUACUGCCGUUGACUAACGUCGCCCUUAACAAAUCGGGCUCGUGCUUUAUCACAGGGAGCUACGACCGGACAUGCAAGCUCUGGGACACGGCGUCUGGAGAGGAGCUGCACACCCUGGAGGGCCACAGGAACGUGGUCUACGCCAUAGCGUUCAACAAUCCUUACGGUGACAAAAUAGCCACUGGGUCCUUUGAUAAGACUUGUAAAUUAUGGAGUGUAGAAACGGGAAAAUGUUACCAUACCUUUAGGGGACAUACCGCUGAAAUAGUGUGCUUGUCAUUUAACCCUCAAAGUACGUUGGUGGCUACAGGAAGUAUGGACACAACAGCCAAACUGUGGGACGUUCAGAAUGGAGAGGAAGCGUUCACCUUAACAGGUCAUUCUGCCGAAAUCAUCGCCUUAUCAUUUAACACUUCAGGAGACAGAAUCAUCACAGGUUCUUUCGAUCAUACAGUGGCUGUGUGGGAUGCUGGUACCGGAAGGAGGGUAUGUACGUUAAUUGGUCAUUGUGCUGAAAUUAGCAGCGCCUUAUUCAAUUGGGACUGCUCUUUGAUAUUGACUGGCUCUAUGGACAAAACCUGCAUGUUGUGGGAUGCUCUUAGUGGAAAACAUGUGGCAACCCUAACGGGUCAUGAUGAUGAAAUACUAGAUAGCUGCUUUGAUUACACCGGAAAGCUUAUUGCCACAGCCUCAGCGGAUGGAACAGCAAGAGUUUUCAGUGCAGUCACAAGAAAAUGCAUUUCCAAAUUAGAAGGUCAUGAAGGUGAAAUUUCAAAGAUUUCAUUCAACCCCCAGGGGAACCGUCUUCUAACUGGCAGCUCUGACAAAACGGCAAGAAUCUGGGAUGCUCAGACUGGCCAGUGUCUCCAGGUUCUCGAGGGGCACACCGAUGAAAUCUUCUCAUGCGCUUUCAACUAUCAGGGCAACAUUGUCAUUACAGGUAGUAAGGAUAACACCUGCAGAAUCUGGCGCUGACUGAAGGAGCUGGUGAGUGGACUCACCAUAGCAACGGUGAGCAAGGACUCCAGCUUUGCAGAGUGCAAGCAGGCCCUCUCCAUAUUGUCUAUAUUUUAUCUUUUUCUGCCUGUCAGCUAUUUAUACACUCUAUCCUUAACUUCACUGAUAAGAUUAUUAAAACAGAUGAAGCUGGAUAAUUUCUUCAUAUUAUUCAACGGGGAAGAGAGAGAACAGCAUACUGUUUGGAAAUUCCACUAGUUAUUGCAACUGUCGUAUUUUGAAAUCACAUCACGAUGCUGAUAAAUAUGACCA